AAUAGAACGAAACCCUUCGAUUUUCAAAUGCCUGCAUGAAUCCAUCUUCUGCAUGCAAAGUCAGUUUCCUACAUCUUCAGAGCACGUGAACCAUUUCUAUAGUCUGCCUUCCCUCCCAUCACUCUUACCGCAGCUUGGCGUCAGGCUCGCGUGCCCUUUUUCAUAUUCUUGAUACCCCUUAGUUGCUUUCACAUUCAGAUCACAGGAUACCGGCAUAGUAAUAUCGGGUGCCUAUUACCAGCAAAGUAGUCGGCCCCCCAGGCCGGGUGUUUGGUGUUUGUUGAAUUUUUUUCUUUUUUUUUCGGACCAGAAUAUCAAGGCCAGCGAUACACGGUCUCUUUUCCUCCUCAAAUCAUACAUAUCUAGCGCAGUUACAAUGAGGCGCAGGUUACAGGCUGCUCUGGUCGGCGCUGUGGUUUUGGGAAGCUUACCGAGCUCGAUUCUCGCACAUGGCGGCGAGUCCAUGAAUAUGGAUCACGGCCAAGCUAUGGUCAAAGCGGCUCAAGAUUCGGAUAUGGAGACGUACUUCUCAUAUCCCGAAUACCAGAGCGCAUUGUACGCCCACAUAGCUUUGAUGAUCGUGAGCUGGGUAUUCAUGUUGCCAGUUGCCGUCAUGUUCUCGCUCGCUCGCUCAAGAUAUACAUUCCCGGCGCAGACCGUUUUCGUCGUCACCAACCUGACGGGUUUGAUCUUGGGCAUGAUUUUUAACGAAAACACCCCGGACCUGUACCCAAACAACGCUCACCACAAGCUAGGCUGGGCCGUCACGGCGCUCUCAUGCGCUCAGGUUGCUCUUGGCGUGCUUGUCCGCCGCUCCGAAAUUUUUGGGCUCUCGCUCAGGACCAGAUCUGCCCGGUACACUCCCGUAUCGACUGCGGCCAUGGCCGAGCACCAGCGGGCAAGCGCGGCUCCCGGGUCUGCUCAGCCGCACCGCUUCUCGUUCGACAGCGGCCAGGGGACCGAACCCAACACUGCAUCGCUGUGCAGCAGGCCGAGGUCCUCCAGCUUCAUCUCGCAGCACGACGAGGAGGCUGCUCGCAAGGAGGAGGCCAUGCUGCUGGGCGGCAACGAAUUUUAUGCGCAUGAUCAGGAAGACGAUCUAGAUUUUGGGCCAGGCAGGAGACCAUCAACACGCAACGGCGCUGUUUAUCGUGUGCUGGCUCUAGCCGGGAAGGCUGCAGGUAUCUUUUCGAAUCAGGUUCUGAGUAUUUUUGCUCUUGGGUACAAUAUCGUCGAUCGAGUCAUCCUUUUCCUAGGCUUCGUUGCAAUCUGCACGGGUGUUGUUACCCAAGGAAGGUUUUUCGAGGGACAAGAGAUCUUCAGCGGCCUGGCCCACUGGAUCAAAGGUGCUGUGUUCUUCUGGCUUGGGAUUCUGACUCUGGGUCGCUGGACUGGCGCCUUCGCCGAGAUUGGCUGGGCAUGGAACCUACGGCCAGCUGCAGCAACCGCUCCCUGGCGCCCGUCGGCCGAGUUUGUAGAAAGCGCCCUAAUCUUCAUCUACGGCUCGACCAACAUCUUCCUCGAGCACCUGGGCGGCGGUGCCGACAGCGCCUGGAGCGCCCAGGACCUGGAGCACGUCGCCAUCACCGUGCUCUUCAUCGGCGGCGGGCUGUGCGGCAUGUUGGUGGAGUCGGCGACGGUCCGGGAGCUGCUCAACACGGCAGUAGCGGACCACGACGAGGCAGAUGAUCAUCUGUCAACAGCGUCACCACUGAAGCGCCAGGGCAGCGUCUCGCUGAACCCGAUCCCCGCGCUCGUGAUCCUCCUCCUCGGCAUCAUGAUGAGUUCCCACACCCAGACCGAAAUGGUCUCGGGUAUGGUGCACAAGCAGUGGGGCGACCUUCUCAAGGGCGCCGCCGUCGCCAGGGGCCUCUCGUACGUUCUCAUGUACCUCAAGCCGCCCCGUUCCGUGCUGCCCUCGCGGCCGCCGACUGAACUGCUGGCUGCGUUUGGUCUGAUGGCGGGUGGUGUGAUUUUCAUGGCAAGCAGUCACGAUACUGUUCAGGGCAUGAUCAACCAGGGCCUCGACACCAUGUUCAUGUACACCGUCACCAUGGGCCUGGUGGCGUUCCUGAUGGCCUGGGUCGUCAUUGUCAUGGCCCUCAAGGGCUGGGCUGUUCGCAGGGAGGCGCGGUGGCAGGUGGUUGACAGAAGCCAUAUCGCCUGAUGAAGGCGACGGACGGGGUUGACAGAAAACUCUCAACAUGGUCUUUUUUUAUAUAUCCUAGCUGUUGACAUCCUUCGCCCCCAUUGCGUUCAAGGGGGUUGCUUUGAUGGCGUUGUUACUUUACGAUACCCCUAUUGCAUCAUAUAUUUGCGUUCCCUCCUUUUUCUUUUCUUCUUCCACUUUCUCGUUUUACCACUUGCGUACCUAGUUAUAAACACCAGACUUAGAGCGCAACCUUAUUUAUAUACCACUAUAAACAUUGCGCACACAUUGCAC